UACUACCAUAAAUUGGAUCAUUUCAUUGAUCGAAGAUUCGAUCCAAAAUAAACUCCCAAUGACAAACGUUUUCGCUCGACAAUUCAUCCAAGCAUGUCAUUAUUCAAGGUUGGCUUUACGGCACAAAUUCUCUCCUCACUUGUCCCGCAGCAUCGUUCGCUUAUCUUCCCCGCUUCUCGCAAAGAAAAUGGCAGCUGAGAAAACAUCAAAACUGACCAGUGAGGAAAGAGAUGAUGUCCUUGCCCCUUUGAUGAAAGAAGGAUGGACCAUUGUAAAAGGAAGAGAUGCCAUCUACAAGGAAUUCGUUUUCAAGAACUUCAACCAGUGUUUCGGUUUCAUGACCAGAAUUGCUCUAAUGGCUGAUAAGAUGGAUCAUCACCCAGAGUGGUUUAAUGUCUAUAAUAAAGUUCAAAUCAAACUGAGCACUCAUGAAUUCAAUGGUCUGUCUCAUCGAGACAUUCGUCUGGCGACCUUCAUCGAGAAAGCAUCUAAAUCAGUUUUCGACUAGGACCGGUCGAGAACCGAACCCCCCACCUCCUCUUCCUCCCCACCACCUUUUUUUCUUUCUUUGCGAGGUUGUCUACCGCUUGUUGUUCUCACUUAACCUUCAUUUUUCCACUCACGCCCAACACUUCGGAGUAGUAAGUAGGAGUGGCCAUGGUGGCAUUGGUGGUCGUUGUGCCAUGCGUUUGCCUCCGGGCCCCCCUCUCCUCCCCCGCAGACUCACUAACCUCACCCCAACCCCACAUUCUACAGGUAAGCCAAAACUUUUCGUAAAAUGUCACUCCGCUCCACCCCUACAUUAUUUCUCACCUCCUCCGCCCACCCACCCACUACACUUUCUUCAAUAUCAGGAACAAAAAAGAAAAAAAUAAUAAUUUUGACUAUCGAAGAUGUUUCUCCAUUUUGCAGCACAAAACAUGCAAUGAUUAAAGACAAAAUUUGAAUAA